CGUCUCUCUCUUUCUCUCUCUUUCUAUAAGCUCUUGCUUUACUGCUUCACUAUCAAACCAACCUCCAUCCAUUACUUCUCCAUUUUUCAAAUCCUCUUCAACUAGUGUGUAUCUCAUGCAUCAUCGCUAGUAGUUCAUUCCCAUGCCCUAAAUUCUCAUUCCUCCUCUUUAAUUUCCUCUCUUCUUCUUCUUCUGCCUUAGUUAAUUAACAAGCUAGCUAAUUAGGGCAAAACACUGGAUUAUUCUACCUCUCUCUUCAGUGGAUGUGUUUCUUGGCUUUGCUUUUCAAACAUAGAUAGUAUAUAGGGUUUGAAAAAACAGAAUGGAACUUUCGAGUCAAGAAGGAGAUAUACCAAUCGCAGUAAACACCACCGCCAAUUAUGGUGGCAAUGGCCAUGGCGCCCACAUCAACAUUCACCACACCCAAAACCCUUCCAAUGGCUCCUCUAUGCACCCGCUCGACAAUGGACCCUACAAUAGCAAGCAGGAGGAGGAAGAGGAGGAGGAGGUGGUGGUGCCGCUCGUCAGGUACAGAGAGUGCCUCAAGAACCAUGCCGCCGCCAUGGGAGGAAAUGCCACCGACGGUUGUGGCGAGUUCAUGCCAAGCGGAGACCACGGCACCAUGGAAGCCCUCACCUGCUCCGCCUGCCGCUGCCACAGAAACUUCCACCGAAAGGAAAUCCAAGGCGAGCCUUCAGCCCCACCCCCGCCCUUGCUGGAGUACCACCACCACCACUUCAACACCGCCACCAGGCACCUCGCCGCUUCUAGAAAGUUCCUUCACAAGAACAUGCACCAUCAUCAUCAUCUCGGUUACCCUACUGCUGGCGGCGGUAACAUCCUUCCGUCGAGAACGGUGCCCCCGGCGCAGAUGAUAAUGCCCUACAACAUAGGCCCCAUGCCGUCGUCGGAGCACUCGGACGAGCAGGACGAGCGGGAAGACUGCAACGAGAUUGGAGUCAAACGCAGAGUCCUCAAGGUUUGGAUGCAUAACAAUAAACACAACCUCGCUAAAAAAAACCUUCUCAUCAUUCCCCCAUCCUCUUCUACUUAAUUCUUUCUUAACCCUUCUCCUUCUAUUAUAAUUAACUCUAUAUUCUACUUCUACUACUACUACUACUACGUCUCUUAAAUAUUAUAAUAUUUAAAAUAACAUCCUUAGUUAUUCUGUUAUCGUUCUCAUCAUGUAUGUCUAGUUUAGGAAUUUAAUUUCUUCUACUGUUUCUGGGUGGUAUUUUAAUUUGUUUAUGUCCUCAUCAAAUCCCCUUGUUAUUAGGUGAUGAAGGCAUACAUGGAGUUAAUAUUAUUAGAGCCUGAUGGAUGAGAUAGUGUGUGCGUUUAUUAAACAAGAUUUAUUUAUAUAUACAGGGCCUUUAAUUAAUUUGCUUAUUACUACUU